CAUCCAUAGCUUUCUGGCGGCAACCUUGCCCAUCCUCCCUCUCAGGGAAUUUCCCUGAUUUCUAGCGGCAGGUUACGGGACAGUCUGCACCCCCAAAACCAUUACAUCAACUCACCUUUAUUCCUUUGUUAGCGUCAACACGAAUAACAUGGCCGGUCACGAGUUCGUCGAGCUUGCCAGUAAUCCUGCCGAUCGACUACUCUUUGAGUAUGAAAUGGCAGAUGUGACCGCGAUACCCUCAGACUUGGUCUUGGACGACAACCAGGAAAUGAGUGUAUUCGGUGACAUUAUGGAGGAUGACGAUGACUUCCCUGAGCCUGAAGGGUAUGAACAGCUGCGUCGAGGUGAUAGUGAAAUGGGGGAUGAUUGCAUCGGCUUUGUCAGCGAAGUUCGUAGCCCGUGUGGACCACCGAAACCCAAAAUCCUUUAUCAACGAACCACCAACUAUGCUCAAAAGGCGGCGCUCCGUGCUCGAUUCAAUGAGGACAAUGCUUUUCUCUUGGACGAGGGCGCAGAGGAGCUUAAUUUUGCCCCAACUAAGGGACCGCUCACUUUCGGACGUCCGCACAAGCGUGAACCCGGCGAUUGCCUCCCAGCGUACGCAAAGAAGAUUUCCGUAAAUCUGGACUCCGAUGACGAGCUAAUGAUUAAUAUGAAGGAGAAGGGAUAUACUGAUCACCAGAUUGCUGAGAAGCUUGCAAAGGAAGGCCGCAUCCUUUAUGAUAAGAAAUCCAUUGGCGGCCGUAUUUGCAGGAUUAAGUCCGCUCAAGCCGAGCACGUUGACUUUCUCUUGAAGGAAGGCUACAAGGAAUGGGGAUUGGAAGAUGACAAAAUUCUUCUAGCCGCAUUUGAGCUGGCUGACAUCGAUAUCAACAACGAAAUGGAACAGGUCCGAUCCCGUCGUUUCCACAAAGUUUCUACCUUCAUGCGCAAACUCAACAAGGACGCCAUCUUCUCUUCAAAGGCUUGUAAAGACCGCUACCAGGCCCUCAUGGCGGGAACUGCCACAAUUCCUAUCGACGAGGAUGGGCCCGACAAUCAGAUAGUACGCCGCAUGGAAAUGGAAGCGUUCCGCGAGUCUAGAGAGCGCAUCCGUGAAGAGGAUUGCAAGGCUAAAGAGCGGAAGAUUGAGGAGAAGCGUAGGGCUAGGGAUGCCGAGCGCAGUCGCGUCAUCCAGAGGCAGCAGGAGGUGGUUAGAGCUCGUGAGGAAAAGGCGAGAGAGAAAGCUGAGCGUGCAGCACAGAAAAUAGCCGAUAAUCAAGCGAGGAUCCAGCGUAUGCAAGAUGAAAAGGAGGCAAAGGUCAAACAGAGGGAGCAAAUCAAAGAGCGGAAAGCUGCAGAGGAGGCGGCUGCGAAGGAGCUCCGCGAGAAAUUGAACCCUCACACACCGGUCAAGGCUACAAAUGUCGCCAUUCUCAAAACCAUCACGAAAGACCAUCCGGAUCCGAGAAGCAUCUUAUCCCUUGCCGACUUGAAAACUCUCUGCGCUAACCGUAAUCUCUCUACGGAGGGUGAGCAGAAAGACGAUUUCGUCAAACGAUUGGAUGAAGCCGACAAUGCGAACAGCCUAGUGGCGCUUAAGAAACUUGUUCGUGCGAGAGGACUCAAUACCGCUGGAAGUAAGCCGCAGAUGAAGUACCAGCUUGCUCUUGCUGAAGCAAGUGCUAUGUCGUCCUUUGACAAAGACGCUCUUGAAAAAGGCAAGAGCAAGAGGGUUGGUCAAGAGCCCAUCGAUUUUCAAGACGGUGCCGACGACACCGAGGAGGAUAACGAAGAAUCAAUCGAGAGCUGCAGUGUUUCUCUGAAGUAUUCUGAAUUGCGAUGAGGUACUUGAUGGAUUGUGUUUAACACAGGAUAUGUGAGUGAUCACCCUAGUCUGGAUUUCCAUGGC